AUGGCGGGUGGAGCGUCAAAGCAAGACGUUGGAGGCUCACAAGGAGCAACCCAUUUCAAAAUUGUCAAUAUUGACGACGAAGGUCGAGGCACAUCCACCCCAUCAGGACAACAUCGUGAUCACGUCAACACACAGAUGCAGCUGUUGGCUUUGAGGAAGACGGAACCUGCAACUGUGGUCAGCGCCGACCAUCUAAAGACGAGUGUUGCUUCCGCUGGUCCUGCAACGGGGCUAUCUUCUGCGGGAAAUGCUGGGACAUAUGUUCGCCACAGAGAGAGCGCCAAACGCUCUAUGGGUUUCCCCCAAGUUGGCCUGCCGCAUGAGAAGAGUGACCCACGUGUUGCCCGAAGGAUUCUCGAGACACUGCGGUCAGAGGGCAAUAAGGAGCAGCAAGUAUUGUUGGAAGACCAAGACGAGGAUUCUUCUCGUUUGGGACUGACAAAGAUUGUGACACUGGGGAAACUGUAUUCCGUGAUUUUGAGCGAUCCUCGCGGCUUCUAG